AUGCCGCAUAUUGCGAAGACGGACAGCGUCAAGAAGAGUUCAAACGAGACGCUCCUCAACUCUUUGUACUUCAUCACGGAGUCUCUUGGCGAAUCGAUCGAUCGAUUCAUCGAGCAAACAGAUCGAGCCGAUCAAGACACGUUGGAUAUAGAGUGUGAUAUGCGUCUACUGUUUCUUCAGAGACGUGUUAGACACAACUUUACACACUAUAAGCACGAGAGAAAAUUUAACCCCUACGACUACAUUUCCCUCUACGUCUACCUCUACACUUACGUCUACGUCUACGCCUACGCCUACGUCUACGCCUACGUCUACGCCUACGUCUAUGCCUACGUCUACGUCUACACCUACGUCUAUGUCUACGCCUACGUCUACGUCUACGUUUACACCUGCCUCUAUGUCUACGUCUACUCCUACUCCUACGCCUACGCCCACGCCUACGUCUAA